UUGUCCUACUUACCCCUCCCACUGUAUAAUUAUUGGGAGGCAUCUUCUCAAGGCGCUAACGUUGCAAUCUAGCAGGCACAUUACCCUUGCAUUGGCGGUAGUCAUGAAACCAUGGUGUCUUCUUCUUCUGCUACUAGGCCUGUCAUGGACACAGGCGAGUGGUCAUGACUACCGUGAUGCAUUGGCCAAAUCUAUACUGUUCUUUGAAGGCCAGAGGUCCGGGAAGCUCCCGCCGGAGCAGCGAGCCCAGUGGCGCGGAGACUCGGCGUUGUCCGAUGGCUCCGAGGCCGGGGUCGAUCUCACUGGAGGCUACUACGACGCCGGCGACAACGUCAAGUUUGGCUUCCCUAUGGCCUUCACCACCACAAUGCUGUCAUGGAGCGUCGUCGAGUUCGGCGAACUGAUGCCGGCCGAGGAGCUCCAGAACGCGGCUGUGGCCAUCCGAUGGGCCACGGAUUACCUGCUGAAGACCGUCUCCCACCCCGGCCUUGUCUUCGUUCAGGUGGGGAAUCCUGUGAGAGACCAUAGCUGCUGGGAGCGGCCGGAGGACAUGGACACGGCGAGGACGGUGUACAGCGUGAGCGCGGAGAGGCCGGGGUCCGAGGUGGUGGCUGAGACGGCGGCCGCAUUGGCGGCGGCGUCGAUGGUGUUCCGCGACGACGAUCCAGACUACUCCAGGGAGCUGUUGGAGAACGCGGUGAGGGCGUUCGAGUUCGCGGACACUUACAAGGGAGCUUACAGUGAUGAUCCCGGGCUCAAAGCUGGAGUUUGCCCCUUCUACUGUGACUUCGAUGGGUAUCAGGAUGAGUUACUAUGGGGAGCAGCAUGGCUAAGAAGAGCCUCACAGAAUGACUCCUUCCUCAGCUACAUCCAAAACAAUGGUAAAACUCUUGGAGCAGAUGACAACAUCAAUGAGUUUGGGUGGGACAACAAGCAUGCCGGCCUCAAUGUCUUGGUCUCCAAGGAGUUCAUAGAAGGACAAGUGCUGUCUCUGGAGUCCUAUAAGGAUUUUGCCGACAGCUUUAUGUGCACACUCAUACCAGAGUCCUCUUCCUCACACAUCCAAUACACCCCUGGUGGGCUGCUCUACAAGCCCGGAGGCAGCAACAUGCAGCACGUCACCUCCAUUUCCUUCCUGCUUCUAACCUACGCCAAGUACCUCUCUAAGUCAUCACAGACUGUGAACUGUGGUAGCAUUCAGGUUGGCCCAGCCUCCCUUCAGCUUCAAGCCAAGAAGCAGAUCGACUACAUUUUAGGGGAUAAUCCUAUGAAGAUGUCGCACAUGGUUGGAUAUGGGGAUCGAUAUCCGGAAAGGAUUCACCACAGGGCUUCUUCGCUGCCAUCAGUCUCAAGCCACCCUCAGUUCAUCGCAUGCAAGGAUGGAUCAGAUUACUACAAGUCCCCCGACCCUAACCCUAAUCCUCAAAUCGGAGCAGUGGUCGGUGGCCCCGGCGACGACGACAUUUACGAGGAUGAUCGUGCUGAUUUCCGCAAAUCCGAGCCGACCACCUACAUCAAUGCUCCAUUAGUUGGAGCCUUGGCCUAUUUUGUGGCAAACCCUGAUGCUGGCCUUGUUCUCACGUAGGCAUGCAUGAAGAACUCAAAUGUACAUAAAAGAAAAGAAGAAGAGGACGGUGUUACUGAGAUCUGAUGUGACACCCAUAGCACAGGAUCAUGUUUGUGUUCCUAAUUAAACAGUGAGGAUAGUUUACAUUACAUACAUACCAAUCAGAAGUUUUCUUGAGGGAAAUAUUUUCAUUUCUUAUUUUUCUAUACAUGGAGUGAGUGUAUUACAAUUCAUAGUUAUAUUAAUCAUGCUGUUGUCCUGUUUGAGUUUA